CGCGAGCGACUCAGCAGAGCCGGCGCUUUUAUCAGAGCCUCAGGCUCUCGGCGGGCUUCCGAAAAAUUGGACUUGCAGCCGCCAAGGUUUACGCGGCUACAGAUCAUCAGCUAGUGCCGUGAUAAAAAAGUAACUUUACAUUUAAAACAAUUUUUUUUUUCGAGGCGUGAACGCGGAAUGACGCGUAAAAAAUGUGCACUUCCUCAACGGGGCUGAUGAGGCUCAUAUUAGGCCUCCGUCACACCGUGGUAGCUCUUAGAGGAUGCACAAGCUAGCCAAGGGCCUGAAGAAGAAAAAAAAGCAGAAGAAGGGAAAGAAGGGGGCGGAAGAGGAAGAGUUUGACCCCGAAGAGCUUGAGCGUUACCGAAGAGAGCGGGCCGAGGCCCAGCAAAGAGCCACCGAGUGUGGCGACCCAAGUGCAGCAGACUCCAACGGAGAGCCUACAGCUGCGGGAUCUGACGAGUGGAAGAAAUUCGAAGCUUUAACGGCUGGGGUUGAUUCGAUCUUAAAAAAAAGUCAAGGUGACCUUGACCGUAUAAAGUCAACCUCGUUUUUCCAACGGAAAGCUCCAUUAGAGGAACCAAAAGCAGCCGAAGAUCAGAAAGACCCAAAGAAGACCAAGAGGUGGGUGGGUUUUGACGAGAGCGGCAAUCCAAUCGGUGAAAAGAGUCCCGAAGAAGAGGAGAAACAAAUUAAGAACGUUUCCGAUGGUUUCGUCGAAAUACCAGAUGACGAUGACGACCAGGAAGACUCAGCGGAAGAGGACGUAUUUGAUACAACUUACGUAGACGUUCUUCAGAACAUCGACGUUCAGCUUGCUUAUAUUCCUGACAGUCCCACUCAGGAAGAACUCGAUAACGAUCCUUUCGAUACAACGAGUGCUGACAAGGUACUAAAGACCGUUGACAAACGGGGCAAUAAGCUCGUCAGCUUAGGCAACGCCGUCGAAGUAUUAUCCGGUCGUAUAGACCACGUGAGUACCUGUAAAAUCUCUAGACCAAGGCAAGCAAAAACUCAAGGAGAUUUAUUGCUUGGCGAUUUUGACGAAUCUGCAGAUCAAUUAGACGCUACAAAUCCUACCGGGGUUGCUGAGCCGGUUGAAGUAGAAAAAACACUUCUUGACGAUGAUUCAGAUCUUCCUGAUAUUCCCGUCGACCUAACAAAAUUACCAGCUAUCUUACCAAGGCCACUUACGCCGGAAGUAAACGGUAUCAAUACUUUCAAAGAUAACCCUGAACCGGUUGACAUAUCAGAAUUCGAAGUGCUAAGGGAAAAAACCAUCCUUGAGGAAAUACCUGAUUUGGAUGACGCUGAGUUUGAUUUGAGCGGUAGCCCGUCAGAAGCACCUUUAAAACUUGAACAAGCCGACGAUCCAUUCAGCACCAAGGAAUCUGAGCAAAACGAUUUUCAUGUUGAAAUAAUUGAGGCGAGUUUCGAAGCCGCUACGUUUGUAGAUGAGGAAGAUCCGUUUGAUACUACAUUUGCAGAAAAUCUCCUCCCAGGAAAAACAGAACUUAAGUUCAUAGAGAAGGAAUUGGAAGAUUUACCUAUUUCCGAGGUUGCUAUAUCACUAACUGAUCCCGCCGGUCUCAGUCGUGACUACGAAACUGGGAGAAUCAAAGCUUCCGACCACAAUAACGGCGAUAUCUUUGAUACCGAUACACCUUCUACUAUUAAAAAAGAUCUCUUAGCUGGUUCCCUUACGGAUUUGAGCCAACUACCUGAUCAUCCAAUUGUUCCAAUCAAGGAAAUAACUUACGUCGAUCCGUUCGAUACUUCUGGUAUUGAGGAACUUGCUCCUGGAAAAACAGAACUUAAAUUUCUUGAACGAGAGUUACUCGGUGAAACAGAUAAAGCGGAUUCACUCUCUGACGACGACUUCGAUCCUAGAGGAAACGAGACACCAGUAAAAACGGUUCCGCCUCGACCGCAGCCGCCGCCGAGCGUUGUUAGACAAACUUCUAAUUUUCAAGUUGUCUUUAGGGAAGAGGAUGAUGUCGUAAUUCCCAAACAAGGCCGAAAAUCAUCCAGACCCGAAGAACUCGGAUUUGCUGCUCCCACGAAAGUUGUUGCAUUCGAUUUACCGACUCCAUCCCAAAGACCUGAUUUGCUCAAGACCUCGGAAGACGAGAGAUCGAUACCCUCAAAACCGUUGACGCCAUAUUCGCAGAGAUCGUUCGAAGAGGUUGCAGCUGAGGACGAAACUGAGGACGAGGCUGAAAUCGAUCCUUUUGACACAAGUUUCGUUGCAAAAGUUGCACCUGGAAAAAAAGAGCUCAAAUUAAUUGAAUCAGAAUUGUUAAAAAGAGACUCUCAAUUAUCUCACAGCCUUAGUGAUCACGAUUUUAAUCCGAGGGCUGAGGCCGACCACGGCAGAAGAUACUCUGAUUUUUCGGGAAUUACUGCCAGGCCGAAAAGCCUGAAAAUCAUCGGGUUAACCGAUUGUUUGAUCGAAGAAUCCGCAGAGAGCCAGCCGAAAUCAAUUCAGGACGUCAAUAUCGAAGCUCAUAAUAAAAAGUCUGAAACCAAAAGACAGGAAAGUUUGUUAGACGCUGAUUGCGAGGUAGAUGUGAAACCGUUGACGCCCAGAAUCGAAGCAAAAGAAGAAGAUAUAACGUACGUAGAUCCAUUCGAUACGUCCAUUGCAGUUAAUAUACUCCCGGGAAAAGCUGAAUUAAAAAUCCUCGAAAGCGAACUACGUCAAAUACCGGAACAAACGACCUCGAAGGAUCUUUACAGUGAUCAGAAUUUUGACCCAAGGCUCUCCGACGAAGACGACUUCGACCCACGAGCCGGUGAAUCGGAGAAACCAAAAGAUUUUUUGAGCUCAGUCGGCCAGGAGACUGGGGUAAAAGUCUUGACGCCCUUUCAACAGAGAGAAUUCAUUCCGGGAGAAGAUAUUGAUCCUUUUGACACCAGUUUCGCUACUAUUGACCCUGGCAAGACGGAGUUGAAAUUGCUGGAGUCAGAACUAAUAGAAAAAAUGGAUUCCAAGGGCGGAAACCCGUUCCUCAUGGACGAUUACACGGACCAAGCUAGCAGCGCUGGGAAUCAGCAGGCUUCGAAUCCUUUCCUGCAAGACUUUGGCCCUCCGGCAUCAACUGGGGGAGGUGAAAAUCCAUUUUUGAAUUUCGCUGCCGACUCGAGUUACCAGCCACCGUCUACCAUAGACUCAACCAACCCCUUCGCGUCAUUCGGCGUGGAAACUACUGCACAGAGUUCUCUAUUUGGUGUCGAAACUUCCACGACGACGACUUUCUCCACGGAUAUGCAACAGUCGAGCGAUCUCUACAGUGGUCAAGAUAUAAAUCUAUUUGGCGACGUGGAACCUGUGUUUCAUCAACAACCUAAGUCACAGGCACAACAACCUCCAGAAACUAAUUUAUUCGGCAGUCCAGAGGAAAGCAGUAAGUCUCCGCCGACCUUUGCAGCGGGAGGAGACUCUUCCGAACAGUCGUUGGAUCUCAGAAAUGGGAAACCACCCCCCAUGAGACCACCUCCCCCAAGGCCUCAUCCUCCGAAAAAUACCAAAGAUUUAAUACUGUCAGUAACCGGUGCUAUGGACGCUACUUCUAAUCAUUUAUUAGACCGUCUCCAAGCCACGAGAACUCCUAGUCCUACUCUGAUGCAUUCACCGUCGCCAACUCCCGAACAUAGUUUCGCUGAUCUGCUGGACGUCGAUGGAAACGUACCAGAGCUUGCUCAGGAUGAUGGCAAACCGGACGAGAUAUUGAAGAAUAACGAUAUCAUGGAUCUCUUCGACGCUCCGAAUUUAGAAAACGUUCCUUGCACUGCAUCGGACAUGAUUUUUUCUGUACCGAAGACGGAAACUACUUUGUUCUCCACUACCGAGACUUCCCUUUUCACUGGAGUUCAGACUAACACUCAAGAAAAUCCAUUCGCAGAAAUAGAAUCCGAUGUACCUCAAGGAGACGCAAUCCAAGCUUCUGAUUACCCAACGGAAAGCGCUGCCACUGUUGUUGAAAAAAGGUUCUCAAUCAGCUCAGACACACCCUAUUCGGUAAACAGUCCCUUCACAACAUCUGAAAUGACAAAAAUCACAGCAUCGGCAGGAUUCUCUUCCACCACUGAAACUACGUUCUCUGACACAAUCGGAGCCCAGUUACCCACAUCUACGUUUUCCACGUUGGAUCAAACGUCGACGACAUUUUCUACUGCGGAGACGACGGUGGCUGAACCGUCUGUGGAACCCUUUGCCUCUUCAACCAUCACUUCUUUUGGAGUUGCCGAACCUUCGUAUACCGCUUCUAUACUGGAAGUGAACACGACUCCAGCUCCCUUCUCUACAGAAAAACAAGACUCUGCUUUCGCAUCCGAUCUUUUAGGCGAUUUUAGCCAGUCUGCCCAGGAGCCACCUCUUAUUUCUACAAGCCCCGAGCCAGCUUCCGAAUUUCCCUCAAGUGGAGUUUACCAGACCGAAGGUAUUGGUGACUUUUCUGCAACCACUAAGGUAAUUGAAAGCACCGGGGAUGCAUUCGACGCGUUUGCAUCUAAAUUUGACAAGGCCGCUGAACCUGAACCACCCUCAGAUUCCUUCUUCGACGCAUUUGGCGCCGGUCAGACUGCGAUGGACACAUCUAGUGAUGUCUGGGGUGAUUCUUCGGUCGCUGGAUCUGAAACGGCAACUGGUUUUGGUGAAAACGAAGGCUUUGAUUCUUUCCUCAGCAUGACAGCACCUCCUAAGGAUAGUAAGCCGAAGCGAAGCGAAUCCGUUGACUCGGACGAAGCUCCGGAUUUCAGUAUAUUCAUCAAACCAAAGGAAGGUGAUCAGCUAGCAGUCGCCGAGGGAGGUCAAGUCCCGGUCAUCGCCCCACCCCCUAGGAGCCCUCAAAAUUCUGCUUAUACCGAUUCUUCGCCACGCUUUAAUCCAUUUGACAAGUCUGCUUGGUCUACUCAAGAGGGUGGCUUACCAGUGGACGCUGAACAGACAGCUGAGAUGACCAGAACCGAUUCUCAGGAGACCCCACCAACUCCACUAUUCGACGAAGAUGUGAGCCAACCUUUGGAAGACUUCCCGAGAGUUACGUACACCGGCGACGGAUGGGAAAUGCAGCUUCGUCAACCGAACAAAAAGAAAAUCACAGGUCAGCGUUUCUGGAAGAAAAUCUUCGUCAAGUUAGUCUACCAAGGAGAUAAUCCAGUUCUCCAGCUUUUUAAUGGCAAGGAUGACAAGGAUCCCUUUCAGGAGCUACCGUUGCAGGCUUGUUACUCAGUUUCUGAUAUCGGAGCGCAACAGUUCGAUCAAUAUGGAAAAAUAUUCACGGUUAAGCUGCAGUAUAUUUUUUACAAGGAAAGACCGGGGGUCAGACCAGGGCAAGUAACGAAAGCAGAGCGAAUCACCAAUAAGUUAAGUCAGUUCGCAGCAUAUGCCAUUCAGGGGGAUUACCAAGGAGUUAAGGAGUUCGGAAGCGAUCUGAAGAAGCUAGGACUUCCCGUUGAGCACGCACCUCAGAUCUCACAAUUGUUCAAAAUCGGCUCUCAAUGCUUCGAAGACAUGAAGCAGUUUUCUAAUGCUGUUGAAGAGGCUCUCUUCCGGUUACCAGCCCACCGAGAUCGGGCUUUGAAUUACAAAAUGGAGGAGGUGCAGAUAACGGUGGUCGAUGAAUUGUACGUUGAACAAAGCGCCGAGGGACACGUUGAAAAGCAGAUUGCUAGAGUUCGUCUUUUCUUCCUGGGCUUUUUAUCAGGAAUGCCUGAUGUCGAGUUGGGGAUAAACGACAUGUGGAGACAGGGAAAAGAGGUUGUUGGCCGCCAUGACAUCAUCCCCGUAGUCACGGAAGAAUGGAUUCGAUUAGAAAACGUCGAGUUCCACACCUGCGUGCAGCAGGACGAGUACGAAAGAUCCAGGAUUAUAAAGUUCAAACCACCUGACGCCUGUUACAUCGAAUUGAUGAGAUUCAGGGUAAGACCCCCAAAGAACAGGGAGCUACCCCUACAGUUGAAGGCUGUCAUGUGCGUGACCGGAAACAAGGUUGAGCUGAGGGCGGACAUUUUGGUGCCCGGUUUUGCAUCAAGGAAGUUGGGUCAAGUUCCCUGCGAGGAUGUGAUGGUGCGUUUUCCGAUUCCCGAGUGUUGGAUCUAUCUCUUCAGAGUGGAGAAACACUUUAGAUACGGUUCGGUGAAAUCGGCCCACCGAAGAACUGGAAAGAUCAAGGGUAUAGAGCGGUUCUUAGGCGCCGUCGACACCCUCGAACCACAGCUGAUGGAGGUGACCUCCGGCCAGGCCAAAUACGAGCAUCAGCAUCGUGCCAUAGUCUGGAGAAUGCCAAGACUGCCCAAAGAAGGACAAGGGGCAUAUACCACUCAUCAGCUCGUCUGUCGAAUGGCUUUGACUUCCUACGAUCAGAUCCCUGAGCAGCUAUCGGAGUAUUGCUACGUGGAGUUUACGAUGCCUGCUACCCAGGUUUCUCACACGACGGCACGCAGCGUUAGUCUUCAGAACAGUGACAGUGAUAAUCCACCGGAAAAAUAUGUCAGGAAUUUAUCGAGACACGAAUACAGGGUUGGCAUUGAACAUACACAAGGAGAGGGACCAGGCGCGUACGUCACAGCCACAAUGAGUAAGAAAAUUCCGGAAUCCACGCCGGAGGUACAAAAUGAAUUUCCCGAACCUCCGGCUGAGACGGAUUCAGACUCCUCGGAUUGAAGAGGAAUCAUAAAGUUAGGUAUUAUAUAAAUAUACACGUAUAAUUCAGAAGAUUAGAUAUAGGUAUAUUAUGAAACAAUUUAAUACUAACAAUCCUUGAGUUAGCGAAGAGCGCGUGAUGACUAAAAAAAAGUGUAUCGCGUUGCUUAUUAUAUUCUUAGCGCUCGAAUGAGGUAAGAAAUCAUAUACGUUGUACUCCAUUGGCAACGACGAUGCAAGGAUAUAAUACAUUAAUAUCAUGUAGUAUAGACUGUAGAAGAAACUUUAAUGAAAUAAUUUGUAAGCAAGGACAAUACUGCUGUUUUGUUAAUCUAGGUAAUAUCGUAGAAUUCCUGUGGUUCAGAAGUUGCAGUGCUUCAAAGUUUCAAACGCGAUUAUAUAAAUUUAACAUUUACACAAUAAUAUGUAAUCAUCAAUAUUUCGCAUUCAAUCGAUCUAAUAAUUAUUAUUUAAACCUCUCACCUGAUACUCUUUAAAGCUUUUAAACUUUCCUGAUUUUAAAAUUUUCCAAUGACUAUCGAAGAUGGAUUAUUUAUCAUUUUUUCAUGUAUUCACGUGUACGCUUAUAAGUAUAAAUACGUUAUAGGGUUAUAUCUGUUAUUCGACGAGUUUGUAGUAACAAUUUCAACAAAUGAUAUAGUAAUUUACUACAAACAUGCGUAUAUCAUUGUUUUUUUGCUUACAGAUGAUAUAUAAUUAACGUUAUCUAGUCAUUUUAAAUUAUCGAUGAACAUAGUUAUCAUUAUGUAUACGUAUAAAAAUAAUUUAUGCGAUAGAUAUUACACGAUAAUUAAAAAGAACAGGUAUCGACAAUUUGAUGAGAAAAAAUAGUGAUUAAAAUGUGUGCAUAAUAUUAAGAUGAAAGAUUGUGAAGUAAGUUCGGUAUAUUUAAGUAUAUUUAUCCGAAUAACUGUUAUAGUUGAUCGAAUAUCUUAUAUACUGUAUAGGUAUGUAGUAUUAUGUAAGUUUCAUUUCAUUUAUGUUUUAUUUGGCAAGAAAUUGCUCAGUUCAGCGAGACACAGCUAUACCAAAUAUUAGGUUUAAGAAUAAUUCGAUGAAAAAUCGUACAUACGAUAUGAUUACGUCGAUUAUAUUACACGAUCAUAGAUUUAUUGAACUAUAUCUAUGAUACGAUCAAUGAUCAAAUAAGUUUCAUUUCUUUAUUAAUUUUACGCAUUUUAUUCCUGAAUGGGAAGUUAAAGAGUGUAUACUCUAGUCACUAGAAUUAAGGAUACAACAAUAUAUAUGAUGAAUUAUCUAAUUUAGGAAUAAUUAUUCAAGUAUUACGCAAUAUAACAUAAUAGUCGGAACAUAAUCUAUGCUAUAGCGAAUCCAUAGAAAGUGCUGUAUAAUUAUUUCUAUGGUGCAGCGAAAGUGAAGGGGACAAAUAAUGACAGG